AUGUCACUAAAGGAACAUGAGAUGGAAGAAGCUGCAAUGAGUUUGGUUAUGUUAUCUGAACGAGUUUGUGACUUUGGCUUGCCUCUUGGUGAUGAUGAUUCCAUGGAUUUAGAUAAGCUCAUACCUAUUCAAGAGAAGAGCUUAGGUUGUGUUGAGUCAAUACAAGACUUCCGGAAAAUGGUUUCUCACUCGGGUUUCGAAAAGUCUACUACUUGCAGUGAUGAUGUUGUUGCUCUGAGAAGUGAAUUGCGGAGUUCCUCAAGUCAUAGAUGUAAUGUAUGUGGCAAAACUUUUGGGUGUUAUCAAGCUCUGGGUGGCCACAAAAGACUUCACAUAUCGAUUAAAAAGAAACUAGAGUAUUGUGUUGAGUCAAGACAAGACUUCAGCGAACUGCUUCCUUUGGAUUGUAUGUAACAGAAGAGACCUGAGAGUAGGUCCAGCCAUAAAUGCGAAGUAUGUGACAAGAGUUUUGAGUGUUUGCAAGCUCUAGAUGGCCACAAAGGACAUCGCAGCCUAUUAGAGCGUAAAAAGGAGUACACUGUAGGUGAUAAUAAGUCACUGUCUUACUUAUCAGAAGCUAAAAAGACUGUUUCGAAACCAUCAAGCUUUGAAGUCUAUCAAGAGAAGGUCUUACACUGUGUUGAGUUGAAACAAGACUUUAGUGAACUGCUUUCUUACUCUAGUAGUUGCAGUCAAACCAGUUUCAGUACGCUGAGAAGUGAAUUACAGAAAGAUACUCAGAGCAAAUCAAGCUAUGAUUGCAACAUAUGUGGGGAGAGUUUUGUGCGUUCUAUAUCUCUAAGUAACCACCAAAGAGUUCACAGACCGAAUAGAGAGAAAUUAUCGCGUAAAAGGAAGUAUACUAAAGAUCAUAAUUCAUUGUCUGACUCAUUACAAGUCUCUCAGGAGAAGAUCUUACAUUGUGUUGAGUCGAAACAAGACUUUAGUGAAUUGCUUUCUCAUCCGGGUUUCGAAAAGUCUGUUAGUUGCAGUAUCAUUCCAUUAUCUUCUUCCCUGAGAAGUAAAUCGCAGACCAGCAUUUCAACUGAAGGGCAAUUAGCGCGUAAAAACGAGAAAUCAGAAGAUGUUAAUUCACUGUUUGGCGUGACUGAGUCAGAAGCUACGAAGAUUUUUAUACAACCACUAAGCUUUGAAGUCUCUCAGGCGAAGAUCUUACACUGUGUUGAGUCGAAACAAGACUUCAGUGAACUCUUUCGUCUUUUUACCCUUUGUUCUUCAAUUUCUCUGAUUAUAAGAAACUUAUGUGUUGUCUUCACGAUCUUCGUCUUUCUCCUUUAUGAUGUUUUCUUUUCCCAUCGUCUUCCUUAUUUUCUCGAGAAAAUUGAACGGAAAAGCAAUAGAAUCGAAGAUGAUAAUGGUUUGGAAAGGAUUUGGGGUUUUAAGAAGUCUAGGGUUUGCUCUGUUUCAUCUUCUUGUGCUAAAGAAACAGAAGCCUUUGAUCUAUUUGGGAUAGGAUCUACUUUUCCCAUGACUGAGAUUGAGAAACAGGAGGUGACAGAAGCUGCAGUGAGCUUGGUUAUGUUUUCUCAACGAGUUUAUGACUUUGCUUCUAUCAGAAAUUUGCCUCUGGGUGAUAAUGAUGUUAUGGAUUUGGAGAGUAAACCUUGUCCUUUGAGAAGUAAAUUGCAGAAAAAGACUCACUCCGGCUAUAAUUGUGAAUGUGACAAGAUUUUUGGGUGUUAUCAAGCUCUAGGUGGUCACCAAAGACUUCACAGAUCGAUUGAAGGGCAAUUAGCACAUAAAAGGGAGUAUACUGAAGAUGAUAAUUCGUUGUCUAACUCAGUAAAAGCUAAGAAGAUUGUUACACAACCAUCAAGCUUUGAAGUCUUUCAGGAGGAGAAGAACUUACAAUGUGCUGAGCCGCAACUAGAGUUUCACGAAUUGCUUGCUCACUCGGGUUUCCACAAGUCUAGUACAUGCAGUAUGACCAGGUCUAGUGCAUUACCUUCACAUCCAUCAAGCUUUGGAGUCUCUCAGGAGAAGAUCUUACAUUGUGCUGAGUCGAAACUAGAUGACUUCGGUGAACUGGUUGCUCACUCGGGUUUUGUCAAGUCUAGUAGUUGCAGUAAAACCAAGUUUACUGCAUUACAUUCUCCUCUGAGGAGUAAAUCUCACUCCAGCUAUAGAUUCAAAAUAUGUGGCAAGAGUUUUGUAUGCUCUCAAACUCUAGGUGGUCACCAAACACUCCACUGAUCGAUGAAAGGGCUGUUAGUGAGUGAGAUGGAGUACACUGAAGAUGAUAGUUCAGUGUGUGGCAUGACUGAGUCAGAAGCUAGCAAAACCAGCAAACUUCAACUCUCAUAGAAUAAAAAAUGUCAUUCCUUUGAUGUUUCCAAGUCUUA